UGCCUCCUCUUCCCCUCCUGCCCCUCUCCCCCUUUAGCUCCCCAAGGUCAUUCGCGCAAUGCACGCCUGACUGACACCACCUUGGCGCUGACCUUCUCCUUCGGCAGCAGUAGUGAACUGAAGGCACCAGAAGCAGGCAGCAGGAGAGCAAAACAGCAGCAGCAGCAGCAUCCGACUCCUCCGACGCCGAACCCCCCGAGUCCUCCGUCCCCCUUCGACAUCUUAUACUGUCCCCGUCCGCGCCCUGGGAGGAACGCCACUGCCGAACCCGCACGUCGUUUCCUCUUUGUCAUCACUGUCCGAAUUACCGAUCACUAUUCGGACAACCAAUCGCUGUCCGAAUAACUCAUCGCUAUCCGAACAACCGGUCGCUGUCCGAAUAACCCAUCGCUAUCCGAAAAACCAAUCUCUGUCCGAACUCCCGAUCACUAUCCGAACAACAAAUCGCAGUUCGAAUUACCAAUCGUUAUCCGACUUACAUACCGAACACUAUAAAAAAAAAAGGAUUUUAAUUCGGAUAUCCUGAAAUCCUGAACACACCCUCGUGUCCACUAACCUCAAGACCGAAAUCCACGCCCGACCCGCACCGCGCCCACCCAAUACGUACGCCCGGCAGAACGUAUACGCACACCCGGCACCAAGGAAGUACGAACGGACGGGAAAUCUCUGUCCCGCGCCGUUCUUAUUGACCGCUCGCCCGCCACAAUCGGAAUAAGUCAUCAUCAUAAUAAUCGCGGCAACUACCAAUACUCGCUGGCCUUCUAGAGAACCCCAGUGGCUGAAUGAACUCUUAACUCGGUCGCUCACUCUGGCCCGAGUCGGCACCGCGAGGAGGCAGGCUGGGCGGGUGUCUGUGCACCACACGCGAACGAAAGUACAGAAAACAAGUGUUAAUUAAUCGCACAAUUCUCCGGAAAAAAAUCGGCCUUCUGCGGAGGGUCAAGGUUGCGUGUGUGUGUGUUUGUGCGUGCGUUCGUUUAGUGCCUACUCGCCUUUCGGACCUUGCAUUCUCGCGACAGAAAUUUACGCAUUAAAUAUCUAAAAAAAAUAUAUAUAUAUAUACAUAUAACAAAACAAAAACUAUAUAUAAAAAAUACGAAAGCCACAGAAGACGCACGUAGUGAAAGAAAACGAAAGAAAAGAAAAUAGACAAAAUUCACCACCACAUUUCCGGAAUCGAACCAGCGUUCCCGCCACACACACAUAAAAAAAAAAAAAAACAGAAACAGCCGUGCUCGAUCCGACACACUUACCACAAGUGUUCGUCGGGAAUACAAGCGAAGAAUUACGCACACAAACCAUCCCCCACUAGAGAUAAAAUAGAAGAAAAAAACUAAUAGGACCAAAAAGGGGAAUCCUACGGGAGUGCAUCCUAUCUCUCUAUCCUCCUAUCCAUGGACAAGGACGUCGGAAUGAAUAUCCUAAGUUACUAUCCCACGUACACCAAACUCCCGACUUGUGGCGAGGAUGAAGAUGGAGCCGAGAACGGCCAUGCAGGCUUGGGGCCAACGACGGCAGCAUCAGCCGAUCACUGCCACAUGCCCCGAGCUAGUCAGCGAGCCUCUGGACGUGCCAUGACGCAGCUCCUGUUAGCAUGCUGCUUGACUACAGUAUUUAUGAUUGCCGAGGCUGUGGGGGGUUACCUGGCCAGCAGCAUAGCCAUCAUGUCGGACGCAGCCCAUCUCUUCAGCGACCUUACGUCUUUCAUCGUCUCACUUGCCGCCAUCUACCUUUCUCGUCAGCCAGCCUCAAAAAAUAUGAGUUUCGGGUACUACAGAGCAGAGGUGUUGGGUGCAGUGGUGAGUGUCCUCAUUAUCUGGGUCAUUACUGGUAUCCUGGUGUUUGCAGCAGUCCAGAGAGUCAUCUCAAUGGAUUUCGAAGUCGAGGCAGAUACUAUGAUCAUUGUCUCGGCUCUGGGUGUCGUCAUUAACAUCAUCCUCGGUGUGGUCCUCCACAUGGGCCAGGGGGGACAUGGCCAUAGUCACGGAGGUCUUGGUGGCCAUGGUCACAGUCAUGGCCACAGACCCAGCAGAGCCCAAGGAAACGAACAACAAUCUAGCAACAUCAACGUCAGAGCAGCUUUUAUUCACGUUUUGGGAGAUCUGAUUCAGAGUAUAGGCGUGUUGAUAGCUGCAUACGUUAUUAGAUAUUAUCCACAGUACAAGAUUGCUGACCCCAUAUGCACCUUCAUCUUCUCCGUCCUGGUGAUCAUCACAACUCUCCCCAUCCUGAAGGACCUAACUCAUGUCCUGAUGGAGGGCACGCCACAGGGGGUUGACUACGCAUCAGUGUCAGCGAACCUCACAGCCCUUCCUGGUGUGAAGAUGGUUCACUCCCUCAAUGUGUGGGCUCUGACCCUUGAUAAGAAUGCGUGUGCAGUGCAUAUAGCUAUUAGUGGAGACACAGAUCCAGAGACAGUGCUUCAGGCUGCCCAGAGGGUUAUUCGCACCCGCCAUCACAUCUACCACACAACCAUCCAAGUAGAGCUUUACCAACCUCAACUGAUGGACAAUUGUCAGCAGUGUCAGCCACUCUCUAGGUGAGGUGAGUGACAUCACGACCACCACCAUCACAGCAAACACCAGAGAGGAAAGAAGAUUAAUAAAGAAGAGCAUAAAUGAGACGUGUUGUCAUCAGUGUCAUUGGAUUCAACAAGGUUUGUGUUAAAAUGCCCGGGUUAGAGGUAAUCUGUAACUGGAAAGCCUUCAUGUGUGCAUAGACAAUUCAUGACGACAAUCUGGUGAUAACAUAUCAUGGCAAUAAUGAAUGGAUGUACUGAUUUUUUCUUAUUUUUUCUUAAACCCUUCCACCUGUAAAUGUAACCGCAGAAACUGAAAUUUUUCAAUUCAUUGUUAUAUAUGCAAGACAAUCUUAAAACUCAGUUUCGUGUAAUUGAAUAUUUUUCCAUUGAAUUAUAAUUUGAACACUUAUGCACACAGGAAGUCCAAUGAAAUUCCCUUAGAAGUAUAUAUUCAUGCAUAUUUUGAAAGUUUCAUCUGCAGGGGAAUAUACACUUAUCAAAACUGAAAGAGAUUUGAGUCGGAAUAGAAGACAAUAACCAGUAUUAGAAGAGAGAGUUUCUUUUAUGUCUUUAAUCAGAGCAUAAUGUAGGGUCUAAAGUAGGCUUUAGUUCCCCCACAGAUUCGAAAUGAUAAUAUGUUUCGGAUGGCUGUUUAAGGUGUUAUGUAAAGUUAUUCUCAAUCAAAGAAUUAAUGAGUUCAAAUUGGGAUAGAUUUUUUUUUUCUUUGGUAAAUGCAUCAGUUGUCUGCAACAGCAUUGUACAUUAUAGGACAUGUAUCAUUCCUCAAGUUUGAAGAAGUAGCCUCAAGAAUCACUUUCUUUUGCAAAAAGUCCCCCCCCCCCCCCCCCCCCCUCCCAUCUUUGGCUAUUUUUUAACGUACACUGAAAUACAUUUGAUGAAGGUGAUUUGAUUAUAGAUAUUGUCAGACUCAUAAGUGAGGAGGACAUAUUAGAAUAGUUGUAUUAUUAACAUUAACAUUAACAUUUAAAAAACAUGCAACCUUUACUUUAUUGUAUAUGAGAUGUAUUAGUGCAUCAGUACAACUGGAGAGCUAGGAUUAAUUUGAUAUGACAUGGAUUUUUCAUUACUCAUUAUUAUAUAUGUGUCGGUAGUGUUAUAACAUGAACAAAUGUAACUAUUAUUAUGCAUGAUUGACAACAUAGUAUUUGGAAGUGAGGCCUUAAUUCUUUAGAUCUUAAAGCUUAUCAAUAUUGUAUACUGGAAUAUUAUUUUUUAAAUUGCAUAUGAAUUGCAUGUCUGUGGUGAUGCAUAUCCAAAAAUAAUGCAUAGCCUUUUUUAUUAUCAUUAUUCCAAAUUUUUAUAUAUAAAUCUUGUAUCAUAUGUUGCAUUUAGGUUGUAUAAAUGUACAUAUAUCAUUUGCUAGAUUGAAAUGUGCAAAAAAAAAAGGAAAAAAAAAAGGUGUGCAACAUAAGUACUAGGAAAGAAAAUAGCACUGAAAUACUGUAAUUUGAUAGUGUAUCAGUCCGAGGAGGAAGCUGUGAAAUAAUUUGCAAUUUCUUUUAUUAUCGUACUGUGAAUUGAUACUUUUACUCUAUGUGAAUAUCCUAAAUGAUGUAUAUCAGCUCUUUAAAUGUUUUUGAAAUGUGUAAUUUACAUACUAGGAGUUUUUGAUACCAUAAUAUAUUACCAUCAAUACCAAAAUGGUAGCAAAAUAACACUUUAUAUUAAAGUAGUAAAGGCUUUCCUUUUUUUUCUUCUUCUUCUUCUUUCAUCUUCUUCUUCCUUUUUCUUCUUCUUCUUCUUCUUCUUCUUCUUCUUUCAUCAUCUUCCUUUUUUU